AUGGCUAGUUUAUUAUUGAUGAUUUGGUUAUCGGUUAAUGGGGUGAAUGGUGGAGAAAAUCUCAAAGAGUGUGUAAGUCAUGAUACAGGAUUCUACAGUCAAUAUGAUACAGUGGUGAAUUUUGCUAGUAACAUAGCUGAUAAACAAUUAUUUUGUUGUAAUGUUCCUAUUGGUAGUACAGAUGUAGGUUGCUCUCCCAUGUCUCCUAAUUGUCCUUAUUAUCCUAAUUAUUUUCGCGGACAAUGUAAUACAAUUGGUCAAUCUAAAUUUUGUGUUACUCAAGCUCCUGAGGGAUUUUAUGUUCAAUCUUCAAGCCAAAAAAUUAAUCUGCCUGGUGGUUUAUGUGGCGGUAUAAUUGGCAAUAAUUCUCCUACUAAUGCAACAGUUGGAGAAUGCCCCAACGCAAGCGCUAUAAGUAAUACUUUAGUGAACCAAAGAACAGCUGCAACAUUUAGUUGGUUAUGUUGUGGUAAAGAUACUUGCAGGGUUCCGGCUAAUGUGCAAGUAACAAACACAUUGUCAGCUAUCACUGGUUGUUUUAGUGAUGAAUGGAGUAUGAUGUGCUUUAAUGACAAUGGUGGUUGGGGUUGUACUGGUAAUGUAAGCCCUAAUAUUGAAAACAUUACUCUUCCAAUAGGUAGUUGCGUAGUGCAAGUAGUUUUUCCGAGAAGUGAUACUACUAGUCCCAGUUCUAGCAGUGAUGUUUCAAAACCGACUAGCAGUGAUAUUUCAAAACCGACUAGCUCAGGAAUUUCUAAACCUUUUGGACGGAAUUAUUCGAUUUCAUCGAUUUUAAAGAUUGUGAUACCAGUCUUGGGAGUUUUGUUUGUAUUAGUAGCAAUUAUCUAUUUCGUUUUCGUGAGAAAUAGAAAUACUACCGUCACUAACGUGCAAACGAACCUUGAACCUAAAAGAGGAUACAUCCAUCACCAUAUAGAUUGGACAGAAAGAGUAUAG